GGUAUCGUUUUGACGGUGCAGUUCGCGCUAGGGAAGAGCGAGGGAAGUCAUGUCUGUAGUAACGUCUGGACGAUACACUUUUCCCAGCUAUAAUUUGGUGUUUUUUAUUUUCCUCCAGCUUGGGCUGCACUCAGUUGAGGGAGUAUGGCCUUUACCGCAAUCUAUUACCUCCUCACCGGAGCGAUACCCUCUGAAUCCCCAGGCUUUCUACUUUACUUACGGAAGUCAAUCAGCUGCACAGGAGGGCUGCUCUGUUCUGGAUGAAGCAUUUAAGAGAUACUUUUCUCUUAUUUUUCCAGACUACUCAUCUGGUUAUGGUUUUCUGCGAUUCAGUGUGGAUAAACCAUUUACUGUCCAAGUAAGUGUCGGCCGCGAUGAUUGCGACAGCUACCCAGAUGAAGACUCUUCUGAGCAAUACACUCUGAGCGUCUCUGCUGGACAAGCAUCUCUGAAGGCAGAAACUGUGUGGGGUGCUCUAAGAGGUCUGGAAACCUUCAGUCAGUUGGUUUAUCAAGAGGAUUUUGGCUCAUAUUAUGUGAACAAGACUGAGAUUAAAGACUUCCCCCGCUUUCAGUUCAGAGGGAUUUUAUUGGACACUUCACGUCAUUAUUUACCAGUGCAGGCCAUUUUAAAAACCCUGGAUGCGAUGGCCUUCAGUAAGUUCAAUGUGUUUCAUUGGCACAUUGUCGAUGACCCCUCCUUCCCUUAUCAGAGCCGCACCUUUCCGGACCUGUCUGCUAAGGGGGCUUUCCAUCCGAUGACUCACAUCUACACGCAGUCAGAUGUAGGAAGGGUGAUCUCAUUUGCCAGAAUGCGGGGAAUAAGAGUCCUUCCUGAGUUUGAUUCACCAGGCCACACUCAGUCUUGGGGAAAAGGCCAGUCUGACCUGUUGACUCCCUGCUACAGUGGGAGCAGCCCUUCUGGUACUUUUGGUCCUGUUAAUCCAAUAUUGCCCUCCACGUACAAGUUCAUGGCAACACUAUUUAAGGAAGUGUCUUCGGUGUUUCCUGAUUCCUAUAUCCACUUAGGAGGAGAUGAGGUUAACUUUUCCUGCUGGAAAUCCAACCCUGAUGUCCGAGCAUUCAUGCUGAAAAUGGGAUUUGGAGCAGACUUCACCAAAUUGGAAGCUUACUACAUGGAGAACAUUGUGAACAUCACUGUAGCUCUCAACAGAACAUCCAUUGUGUGGCAGGAUGUUUUUGACUAUCAUGAACGAAUUCCUAAGGACACAGUGCUGCACAUCUGGAAGGGCCUCCCCGCUUCUUAUGCGGCAGAACUCAGCGCUAUCACCAAAGCUGGCUACAGGGUCCUGCUCGCUGCACCUUGGUACAUCAACCACAUUUCCUAUGGCCAGGACUGGCGCAACUACUAUACCGUGCAGCCUCUGAACUUUUCUGGUACCGAGGAACAGAAGAAGCUGGUGAUAGGGGGUGAAGUUUGCAUGUGGGGGGAAUAUGUAGAUGCUACUAAUCUGACCCCACGUCUUUGGCCGAGGGCAAGUGCUGCCGCAGAGAGACUGUGGAGCGAUGAGAAGCAGACCUCUGACGUGGACAAGGCGUUUCCUCGAUUGCAGGACUUUCGUUGCGAACUCCUGAGGCGGGGUAUCCAGGCAGAGCCUCUCUUUGUUGGACACUGCAAACACGAGUACCAAGGUGUUUGAUUAUAAUGGACCGUGUGGCAUUUUUGAGCAUUUGAAUUGAUUAACUUCUGAGGUGUAACUGGAAGUAAUUUUUAAUAAAAAAAAUGGAAUGAAA